CGACGCCUCUCCCUCUCUCUAUCUCCUUUCGCGUUCUCUGGAGGCUCGGCAGCUGCGUUAUCAGACAAACCCUAGUUAGGGUUUCGGCCGAUUCUUCUCUCUCUCGCUCUUCCUCUCUCUUUUGUGCUGAGAAGAGUCCCUCGUUUCUUUCGCCUCUCCCCUCGACCUCUUCGUGUUCCGGAUCUGCCCGCUGUCGCCAUGGAUGCGUCUCGCAAGAGAUGGAGGCCUGAUGCUGCCAAUGGAAAUGGCGUUGGAUCGAAGCGGAAUAAAGAAAUGGACUCUUUUCAACCUGGUUUAGGAGGCAAAUCGAAGCCAUGCACCAAGUUUUUCAGCACUGCUGGUUGCCCAUAUGGAGAGGGUUGCCAUUUUCUGCAUUAUUUCCCUGGUGGCCUUCAGGCCGUGCAACAGAUGACAAACCUUGGCAACCCCGUAAUGGCACCCCCUGCAAGGACCUCAGUUGCCCUUCCGCCUUUCCACAAUGACUCGUCUUCACCGCUUGUGAAGACCCGUAUAUGCAACAAAUACAACACUGCCGAAGGAUGCAAAUUUGGGGAGAGGUGUCGUUUCGCCCACAGUGAGCGGGAGCUUGGCAAGCCAGUCCUACCAUCCAAUGAGGCUUCAAUUGCAGCGCCACUGUCUCUGGGUGGAAGGAUGGGGCCUCGAUUUGAUCUGGCACCUCCUGGUGUAGAUCCUGCCGCUAGUUUUGGGGCCUCAGCCACUGCAAAGAUCAGCGUGGAUGCAUCCCUGGCCGGUGCCAUCAUCGGGAAGGGUGGGGUCAACACGAAGCAGAUAUGCCGAUUGACAGGUGCAAAGUUAUCAAUACGUGACCACGAGUCAGAUGCUAACCUGAAAAACAUCGAGAUGGAGGGAACGUUUGAUCAAAUUAACCAGGCUAGUGCAAUGGUAAGAGAGUUAAUCGUCAACAUCUCUGCUAGCACUAAAUUGCCGCCUAGGAAUCCAGCUCCAGCAGCUCCGACCGGGCCUGGAAGCAACUUCAAAACCAAAAUGUGUGACAACUUUGCAAAAGGGUCUUGCACUUUUGGCGACCGGUGCCAUUUCGCACACGGGGAAGCCGAGCUGCGCAAGGGGCUUGCCUGAGGCUACUUUUGUUGUGCAAGUUGUUUUUUCAACGUUGGAUUCUGAGUUAGAGACAUCUUCAACUUUUAGCAUCUGUGCCACUGAUUAAUGCUGCUGCAUUUGUUGUUGUUGAUUCCUUUGUGUUGUGUUGGUGCUGACAAGUCUGGAUCUUUGUGGUAGUCAAAUUAAAGAGACAGGUUUAUUGAACUGGAUGCUUGUUUGCUUAA